AUGGCCAACCGUAGAAUCCCAGAGGCACCACCAAGCUACGACGAUUCCCAAGCAGCAUCAUCGGGGAUAUCAAGCUCGCGCGGAAUACCCCAGAAUCAGCCGCAACAGGACCUGGCCCAGCCGCCGCCUCAGCGUCGAGAUCAAUACCCGCCGGGCGACCCCCCGCCAUAUCACAACUGGCAGGAAGCCGUCCCCGACACAUCAGUCUUCCCACCACCGCCCAUCUCUGGGCACUUCAGCUCCGGCACAGGCAACGCCUCCAGCGACGACGCCCAGCGCGCCCAUGACUUCUGCGACUCCACGCCGCUCUGGGUACCCGUGAUGCCGUCAUCCACCGUCUACACCGCCGUGGCAACCCACGACCUACGGCCCGUCCAGCAGCGCGAAUUCGCCGGCGAGCUUGGUUCCACGGCGACUGGCCGCUGGCUCGGCCGCACCGUCGACCGCAACGGCGAUUGCUGCGUGCUCACGCAUCUCCCGCUAUAUUUUGCCGCGCGGGACUCGCCUUUCGUCACGGAGAAGCGCAAAACGAUCUACUUUGAGGUGACGCUGCGCGGGCUACGCGCCGGGCCGGGCGGCGAUGCCAGCGGGCUGGCGCUGGGCUUUGCCGCACAGCCCUAUCCGGCGUGGCGCUCGCCCGGGUGGGAGCGAGGGAGUCUGGGGGUGUUUUCGGACGAUGGGUGUCGGUUUGUGAAUGACUCGUGGGGCGGGCGCGACUUCACCGCGCCGUUUGGGGUUGGCGAGACCGUGGGGAUUGGGAUGACGAUGGCGCCGUCGGAGGAUCCGUUGGCGCUGGCGGAUGCCAUGUUUGGCGCCAAGCAGACGUGCAAGGUGGAUGUGUUUUUCACCCGGGAUGGGGCCCUGGCGGGUGGUUGGGACUUGCAUGAGGAGAUGGAUGAGGAGUCUGGUGGGGUGGGCGGGCUGGAGGGGGAUUUUGAUUUGUAUGGGGCUAUUGGGCUGUUUGGGGGCGUGGACUUUGAGGUUUGCUUCGAUCCGGCGGGUUGGCGAUGGCGGCCUGCUGAGUAG